AUGGCUCAACGUGAAGCUAACAAUAUACUACAAGUAAACAGACUUAGUAUGUGUUACCCUGAAGAGUUCUUAGAUAAGCGUUCAUCAUCAUCUUACAUCAAUAUGGUUCUAGAUCAUUAUGCUGCAUCUCAUGGUGUCGAUCAUCUUUUCGUGAAGGGGGCGUUUAGGGUGAUUUUGCAAAACCUGAGGUUAAAUGAAUUAGAGUUAUCCAAAUUGACAACUUUGCAUCUUGAGUACUGCUGGUGGCCGUAUGGUGUGCAUUCCGACACUGAAUGCUUUGAUUUCUCAGCGGUGUGUCCCAAUCUGGUCCUGAGCUCUUGUUUUGUUUGGAGAUUUAAGGUUUUGAAAAUAUCAGGAGCUAAACUUGUCAACUUAACUAUGAACGGGGUAGGUUGUGAUCAUAAGGUGGAAAUUUCUGCACCAAAGCUUAUGGUCUUGAAAAUUAAAGGGGAGACAGAAUUGAAUUUCUCUGCGAUAAACCUCCCUUCUCUGAAACACGCGGAAGUGGGUUGUGUCCUCUGUGACGGCAGAUGGAAACAAAAUGAUGUUCAAAUACUGAAAGAUUUGUGGGGGAUGAAGUGGUUGUUCGCUGAAAAUAUGCUUAAAUUUUUUCGAGGGCUUCAAAAUGCAGUCUCUUACACUAUGCACUUCUUCUGUAGCGGCUUUAGCUAUGGUUAUGGAUAUGAUAGAGGUUCAACCUUCUCCCUUCAGCAGAUUGAAGUCCUUGAAGUUUAUAGACAAAUAUAUAAAUUUCCAACUUAUGACUUUGCUAGGGAUCCUCCAUCCUCUUCUUCUAACAAGUCUAUGGCACCAGGAGGAGCUGUGGACAGACUGAGUGAUCUAUCAGACCACUUUAUCCAAAUGUUAAAGAACGUGAAGUUGAUUGACAGAGGUUUGAAGAUACCUGCAAAAGUGAUAACCUUUGAUCUCAACAUGCCAAUCCAACCUGAGCUCACCCAUAGCCAGGAUAGCUGCAUUGCAGAAUUUGACAAUGCAGUGGUUAUGGAGCAGGGGUUAAUUAAGGUGAUGAUAAUGGGCCAUAAAAUUCCAGCAGCUGGGAUUGAUGUGGAUUCUAAUAAUAGAAGAGUUGGGACUAACCUAGGAAUGUCAAAGGAGUGGUUGGAGGAGUUUGAGAAUUUGGCUUAUUUGCGUGUUGGAUUAGGAGAGCCAAAAGAUAUCGUCGAUGGAAUUCCGAGAAUUUGA